AUGAGUCGACCAUCCCCUCAACGGCGUUCGGCGCUGCCGCUGGGCUUGCAGCGCCACCACAUCGUCUUCGUCGCGUACCUCAGCUCCAUCGUGCUGCUCGGCACUGCGUACAGCAUCGCGUACGGCACCCACAUCAACAACCUCCGCCUCUCGUCGGGAGCCGACUCCCAAUUCCCCUCGACGCUUCCUGGUGCUGCUGUGGCUCCGAGCAUCCAGACUGGUGCGGAUGGCAGUACGCAGCUUGGGCCGCUGCCGCCCACGAUCGCACUGCCGCCGCACCACGCGCUCAACUACUGGGCGAACCGCAAGAACAUCGUCAACCGCAUCUUUGUCAAGAAGGCGUGGCUCUGGACCACGGCUGCGUGGCUUGCGCAGCUGUUCUUCCUGCGUCUCGCCGCCGCCACCCCUCGGCUCAAGAAGGAGGACGCUAGAUCGGGGCAGGCGACAAUUACGAGUCCCGUGUCGAUCUCAGUGCUUCGCUACAUGGUCGCGACGGGUGCAUGGCUGCUGUUUGCCAACUGGUUCUUUGGCCCACCUCUGGCAGAGCGGAUUCUGACUGCAACGGGCGCGGUGUGUGUACCGAGCUCCAACGCUGGGCUGGGCAAGGUGGAGGAGAUGUACUGCCGAACACGCACGCCGCUAUCGUCCACCUCCCACCCAGCGCUCUUUUCGGGCUCCGGAGCCGCAAAGUCGAUCAGAGCAGCGUGGAGGGGCGGACACGACAUCUCGGGCCAUACAUUCAUCAUGGUCCUCUCGUCGCUGUUGCUGCUCGAAGAUAUCGCCCCCUACCUCGCCGCACUGCUCGCGGAUUCUGCUCUGGGCAAGGCGGUGUUUGGAGGUGAAAAGGUGGAGCAAAGGGCCAAGGCAGUGAUGGGGGAGCAAAAGGCAAAGUUGGCAGUGGCGGCAAGUGUGGCUCUAGUCGGGUUGUGGAGUUGGAUGCUGCUGAAUACCGCCAUCUACUUCCACACGCCGCAGGAGAAGGUGUCGGGCCUCAUCGUCGCUCUAGCCGCCUGGAUGGUCAUUCCCAAAUCCAACUAA